AAGUCUCGGCGCACAGCUCCGUAACAAACUUUACGCGUCGAACUAGAUCGAACCGCGACUCGUGACCCGCAUGCGAUACACCCAGACAGUUAUCGCCGCUGUCUUCAUUCACUUUAUCGAAUCCAAGUGUCGUUUGCUAAUAAAAUGAAUACGAAACACGAUUACCGUGUACAAACCGAAUUUUAUUUAUUUAUUUAUUUAUUCCGUAGAUACGAAUCCCUAAAUAUUGCGUUUCCUCCGGAGAUCAAUGAAGACAUCGACUUUGUCAUCUCUAUAUUUUUUUAAUUAGCGAUUCAAAGGGUAGAGAAUCUUUUUAGAGCAACUGUUAUCACUGACACACGCACAUUUGGAGCGUCAUGUAUCGACCAUAGACCCGGACUAUCGAUCGCGGUCAUCGACAUCGCUUUUUGUCGCGAACACUCGCGAACAGGUGAUCUCGAAUGUUUACGAUUUCGGCCAUUGGCUCGAUGACCGAUCGCGCGCCGUAUUUAUCCUCGAGCUCGAUUUCGUUUCGCGAAUCUAGCACAACAGAACGUCGUCUCUUUCGUACGCAGGCAUGUCGUUGACCUUUCUUAAAAAUUACGAGACUCGAUCGCAUUUUUACGAAACGUCGAGGAUCGGUGAAUCGUUCGAAAGUGGAUUCGCGGUACUCCAGUUCCCGAAGACAGAAGAAACAAGCAAAGAAACUAUUACGUCCACCGAUAAAACAAACUCACCAAAUCCGUUCAGGAUGACCAGUAAAAACACUGGUUCCGACUGCAGUUACUUAUUUCAAAGAAGAUCGAUGCCUGGCAGGCCGGUGUUAACCGCGGUCAGUCCUAGAGGCAUAAAAAGCACAACGAACUUCAAACCAUCAAGAAAUGAAAGAGUACUUGAUAAAACUAAGAAAUCUUCGAUAAUCAAAGAGGCUGUUUUAAAAUUAAACGAUACUGGCACUAAUUGUCUUAGCGAUAAUCUAGCAAAUACACUCUUUAAAGAAACUUGUAAACUUAGUAUUUCUUGGAAGAACACAAAAAUUUUUGGUCAUGGUUCGGUGGCAAAGGACUUUAAAGCGCUGAACAUUAGUCAAGAUUCUAGACAAGCUAAAGACGAUACCAGCAUUCAAGAUAAUUUUCAAGCUAGUAGUUUUCAACGAGCGCGUAGCAAUACGAUGCCCAGUUUAAAGAGGGGGCCUGGUCCAGGCGGAGGUAAUAGCAAUCAGUCGGAGACAAGCAGUUCGUCCGGUCAGCCUUCGAGUUCAAAUACAUGUUCGGUACAAGCGAGAAUAUCCCCACCUUCGUGCGACGUCACUAUCGACGAACUUGCCAGCUACUUUGAGGAGUUUGUUCAUAUUCCAAAGAAGAUGUCACACAUGGCAGAAAUGAUGUAUAUUUAAUUGUAAUGUAUUGAAUUAUUAACUGGCAGAUUUCUUACACAGUUUUUCAAGGACUAGCAUGCAGUGUUUAUGCAUGAUCGUGAGUCUAAAUAUUAUAUGUUUGCUACAAAACCAUUUAACUUGGUACCUAAAUUAUACAUAAUAUACAAUAAAAGCAAAAAAAAAAACAAAAAAAAAAAAAA